ACUUCCAAGCCACAACGCUCGUUAAAUGCUUUUUCUGUCAAUGCUGUGUUCGCUGUGAGCUGGUUUGUUUUCAACGAAUUUCCGGUUGCUAGGGGAUUGGUAGGCGGAAGUGACGUAGGUCCGCCCUCACCCAUAUGGGUAAAGUACCACGGAAAAGCUGCACAAUGAGAAAAACACAAUACAACUAAACGAGACACACGGACCGCUACCCAACAAGCUGCCAAUAUCUUACGCACAAACAACUAAUAACUGACCAAGUAAAUAACUAACCAAGUAAAUAACUGACCAAGUAAACAACUAACCAGAAGGUAGGAGGGUGGUGGUCUUGGGGGCCGUCUCCAGGAGGAGGCAGGCUAACCUCCCUACAAGGCCCUGUGAAACGAGCCUUUGGCGUGGGGACGACGCGGGUGUAUGGUGGACGACCGAGCAGCAACUUGAGAAACGCAAGCAGAAUGGAGGGGGCGCGCAGUCUACUCCUGGGCCUCAUGGCAGCGCUCUGUUUCCAUGGCAACGCAGCACAGAGGACAGUGUGCACUCAAGAAGCCGUAGCCGACAUCGUCUUCAUGGUGGACGGGUCGUGGAGCAUCGGCACCAAGAACUUCGAGCAGAUGCGCCGUUUUUUGUCCACGCUGGUCAACGGCUUCGACGUGGGCCUCGACCGUGUCCGCAUGGCUCUGGUCCAGUACAGCACCACGCCACGAAGUGAGUUCCUGCUCAACACCUACGAGAACAAGGCCGACAUCCUGCAGUACAUCAGCACGCUGCCUUACAUGGGAGGCGGCACCAACACGGGUCAAGGCCUGGACUUCAUGCUGAGUACGCAUUUCGUAAAAGAGGCCGGGAGCAGGGCUGCCCAGAAUGUGCCGCAGAUCGCCGUAGUCAUCACCGACGGCAAGUCGCAAGAUGACGUGGAGUCCCACGCCCUACAACUGAAAAAGAAAGGCAUCAUCUUGUACGCCAUCGGGAUUAAAGACGCAGAUGAAGACCAACUGAGGGAGAUCGCCAACGAGCCGCACUCCCAGCAUGUCUACAGCGUGUCCGACUUUACGGCUCUGCAGGGAAUUUCUCAGAGCAUCGUCCAGACGCUGUGCACGACCGUGGAGGAGGCCAAACGACAACUUCUGCAGUUGUCGGAAGAAUGUGUCAGAGCCACCGUGGCCGACAUUGUCUUCCUGGUGGACGGUUCUUCGAGCAUUGGCCCUGAAAACUUUCAGGAGAUUCGAGGUUUUCUCCGAAGCGUGGUCUCUGGUCUUGACAUCGGCCCAGACAAGGUCCAGGUGGGUUUGGCACAGUACAGCGAUGAAACUUACCAGGAGUUCCUGUUAAAAGAUUACAUGGACAAGAAAUCCCUGCUGGCCGAAUUGGACAAGUUCCCGUAUCGAAUGGGGGGCACGGAGACCGGCAAGGCCAUCGACUUCCUCCGGACGCAGUACUUCACAGAAAGCGCCGGUAGCCGAGCCAACCAGCGGGUGCCUCAGAUUGCCGUGGUUAUCACGGACGGAGACUCCACUGACGACGUGGAGGUAUCUGCUAAGCGCCUGAGGCAGCACGGAGUCAUCGUCUUUGGUAUCGGAGUCGGAGAAGCCAACCGCGCAGAGCUGGAGUCCAUCGCCAACCAACCUUCUGACAACUUCCGCUUCUUCAUCGAUAGCUUCCAGGCCCUUCAGAGGCUGACUGAGGGUCUGCUGCAAACCAUGUGCAUCUCCAUGGACAACCAGAGACAAGCCUUGUCAGAAAGGUUUGCAGACAUUUUCUUCCUAGUUGACAGCGGUGUGAGCCAAGCUGAGUUCCAGCAGGUCAGAAGCGUUCUGGUGCGACUGGUCAACCAACUUAACUUCGGAAUCUCAGCUCAUCGCCUCGGCUUGGCUCAGUAUGGCCAAGAUACCAAAGUGGAAUUCCUCCUCAAUGCUUACCAAACGAAAGAUGACACCAGCAUCGCCGUCAAGCGCUUCCGCCAGCGCAGAUUGCAGCCCAACGAGCCCCGCAAUCUGGGCGGCGCCUUGGAGUACGCCAGCUCGCACUUCUUCACCAGCGAGGCGGGAAGCCGGGCAGACCAAGGCUUCCAACAGUUCCUGGUUGUUUUGAGCGGGAAAGACUCGGACGACGCCAUCUACAAGCAGUCUCGCUUGAUCAAGUCGGAAGGCGUGACCGUGGUGGCGCUCAGCAUUGGAGCGUCCAUGCAGCAAAUGCGCGUCGUAGCCACAAGUCCCUACGCGUACCAGUCCAUCGCCAACGCCGUUCCCGAUCUGAAGACAAUUUUUGAAAGCGAGCAACAGGAGAUCACUCCUACCGGAGAAUGCAAAGGAGCCAAAGUGGCAGACGUCGUGUUUAUAAUCGAUGAAUCAGGAAGCAUCGGAACCACAAACUUCCAGCUGGUACGCACCUUCCUGCACUCGGUCGUGAGCGGCCUGGACGUGGGUCCGUCCAAAGUGCGAGUGGGCAUCGUGAUGUUCAGCGACAAAGCGUUCGCGCCUGUCUACCUCGACACCUUCAGGGACAAGAACGAGACGCUGAGUUUCCUCAACAUCCUGCCCUACAACGGUGGUGGUACAAACACCGGCGCCGCCCUCAAUUUCACGCGGGAGCAUGUGUUCACCCAGAAAAGAGGGAGCAGGAAAGACAAGGGCGUCCAGCAGGUGGCGGUGGUGAUCACUGACGGUAAAUCCCAAGAUGAUGUGAGCAACGCCGCUGCUAACCUCCGCCGGGCCGGUGUCACCAUCUACACGGUCGGAGUCAAAAACGCAAACCAUGCCCAGCUGGUGAAGAUGGCGUCGCACCCCCCGAACAAGCACAUGUUUACCGUGAACAGCUUCGCCAAACUCAAGUCGCUGAAGCAAAAGCUGCAGAAGGUUGUCUGCCAUAACAUUCUGCGCCAAGCCGUCAGCGUUAAUAUGAGAAGAAGCAGCAUCAAAGAAGGCUGCUUGCAAACAGACGAAGCAGACAUCUUCUUCUUGAUCGACCACUCCGGAAGCAUUUAUCCCACUGACUUUUACGACAUGAAGAAGUUCAUCAUCGAGUUCCUAAAUACUUUUCGUAUUGGGCCGCAGCAUGUCCGCAUGGGCGUCGCCAAGUACGCCGACAGACCAAAUCUGGAAUUUGAUCUGACGGCCUACACGGACGCCAAAAGCCUGGAGAAGGCCGUAGAGGCAAUCUUGCAGGUGGGAGGUGGGACUGAAACAGGAAGAGCGCUAGAAUUCAUGGCCCCACAGUUUGAUCGGGCGAUGGCCACUCGUGGUCAGAAAGUGCCGGAAUAUCUGGUGGUCAUCACUGAUGGGAAAUCUUCGGACAAGGUCAAGGUGCCUGCAGAGAAGCUACGAGCGCAGGGCAUCACCAUUUACGCCAUCGGAGUGAAGAACGCUGACAUGGAUGAGCUGCGCGAGAUAUCCGGCGAACCUAAGAGGACGUUCUUUGUCAACAAUUUCGAUGCUCUGAACCCCAUCAAAGACGACAUCAUCACCGACAUCUGCUCCACAAACGUUUGCAAAGACAUACCUGGAGACCUCCUGUUCUUGAUUGACAGUUCUGGGAGCAUCUAUCCACGAGACUACGAGAAAAUGAAAGACUUCAUGAAAUCUGUCAUCGGUAAGUCCAAUAUCGGACAGAAUGACGUUCACGUUGGCGUCAUGCAGUUCAGCACCGUCCGGCAACUGGAGUUCCCCCUCAACCGCCACUACACCAAGGACGAAAUGUUGAGAGCCAUCGAUGGCAUGCGGCAGAUCGGAGGAGGUACAGACACAGGCCAAGCUAUCGCAGCGUUGUCGCAGUACUUUGACGCUCCCCAAGGGGGGCGUCCCAGCGUGAGGCAGAGGAUGGUGGUGGUGACAGAUGGCGAGGCUCAAGAUGAUGUCAAAGUUCCUGCCGCCGCUUUGAGGCGCAAAGGUGUGGUGGUCUACGCCAUUGGGGUGGUGGAUGCCAACACGACCCAGCUUCUGGAGAUCAGUGGAUCGUCAGACCGGGUCUACGCUGAGAGAGACUUUGAUGCUCUGAAGGACUUGGAGAGCCAGGUGGCUAUGGAGAUCUGCGAGCCAGAGAGAGAAUGCAAGAAGACAGAGAAGGCUGACAUUAUCUUCCUGGUGGACAGCUCCAUCAGCAUCACCUUGGACAAGUUCAGAAGCAUGCAGAAGUUCAUGUCAUCAAUGGUGAACCAAACCACAGUUGGCAAAGACCUGACUCGCUUCGGAGUCAUUUUGUUCUCCACGGACCCCGAGUCUGUUUUUACUCUCAACCAGUACGAGUCUAAACGAGAUGUUCUUCAAUCAAUUUCAACUCUGAAGCCCCUGUCUGGAAACACCUACACCGGCAAGGCUUUGAAAUAUGCCUUGACGUUUUUCAACGCCGAGCACGGCGGCCGGGCAGCCCUCGGCGUUCCUCAGAUUCUCAUGGUGAUCACAGAUGGCAACGCUACAAACUCCUACAAUCUGGUUGAGCCGUCCACGGCACUGCGUGAAAAAAAUAUAAGCGUCUUCAGUAUUGGAGUGGAAGGCGCCGUCAGGAAAGAGCUGGAGAUCAUAGCUGGUCAAGACUUAAGCCGAGUGUUCUACGUGGACAAUUUUGCUGCCCUGGAAACUUUGUACAAGAACAUCACACAUGCUCUCUGCAACUCCACAAAGCCAGCCUGCGAGAAACAGAAAGCCGACCUGGUCUUCCUGAUUGACCAGUCCGGCAGCAUCGCCUCGCAGGACUACACCAUCAUGAAGACCUUCACAGUAGAACUCGUAUCCAGCUUUAAAGUCAGCGAGGAUUUGGUGCGUGUUGGCCUGGCCCAGUUCAGUGACAUUUUCCAGCACGAGUUCUACCUGAAUCAGUUCUACACGUACGAGUCAGUCACCAAAGGCAUCAUGGGCAUGAACCAGCGUGGUGGCGGGACCAUGAUUGGACGGGCGCUGGAUGCCAUUAGGGGUCAUUUUGAGGCCUCACAGGGCUGCCGAAAGUCGGCCGGUGUUUCCCAAAAUUUGGUGUUGAUCACUGACGGCGAAUCCCAGGAUGAGGUGCAGGACGCUGCGGACCGUCUCAGGGCUCUAGGCGUUGAGGUGUUCGCCAUUGGCGUCGGUAACUACCACAGACUGGAGCUCUUGCAGAUCACCAACAACACAGAGAGACUUUUCACAGUGGAGAACUUCAAUAGUUUGGAAAACAUCAAACAAAAGGUGGUCAGCACAAUCUGCAAAUCCAAAGAUUCCAAAGAUCGUUCAGACUGCAGCAUCGACAUUGCAAUGGGCUUUGACAUCUCUCAAAGAAAAGGCCUUCCUGGAGAGAUGUUGGUCAGCGGCCAUGCCAAGCUCAGGACCUUCCUGCCAGAGAUUGUGCAUUACUUGUCCACGGUCCCCGGCCUGUGUUGCACUGGCACUGCCCCAAUCAACACCAAAAUGGCUUUCAGAGUGGUGGCACCUGAUGGACGUCUCCUGUACGACUUCAAAUUCAAACCGUACGACUCCAGCGAUGACAUAGUGACAAAGGUUAUGACCUUAAAUUUGAACGUUCCCACGCAGCUCAACACCGCCAUGCUGAGGUCCUUCGGCGAGAAAUUUAAGGCCGAUUCCAAAGGCGGCGUGAAGGUUCUAGUGAUCUUCUCAGAUGGACUUGAUGAAGACGUGCUGAAACUGGAGGACGAGGCAGAGCAGCUGCGAAAGUCUGGUAUCAGCGCACUGCUGAUGGUGGCCCUGGAAGGGGCGCGGGACGCCGCCCAGCUGCAGAUGUUGGAGUUCGGCCGAGGGUUCGGCUACAAGCUUCCUCUCGACAUCGGAAUGCAGAGUGUUGGCAGCACAAUCCUCAAACAGAUUGACACAGUGUCAAAUAGAGAGUGCUGCAACGUCAUGUGCAAGUGUUCGGGACACGAAGGCGUUCGUGGCUCUCGGGGUCUGUCGGGGUCAAAGGGGCCGUCUGGACAAAAAGGUUACCCUGGCUUCCCAGGGGAAGAGGGCGUCCCAGGAGAGCGGGGGCGUCCCGGACCCAGCGGACCUCAGGGCGUCCAGGGCUGCUCUGGACUCAGAGGACCAAAGGGCUCCCGAGGCCUACGAGGAAACCGGGGCGAGGAUGGAGAAGACGCAUUGGACGGCGUCAAUGGCGAGCAGGGUGUGAUGGGACAAGCCGGCGGUCGAGGGGAGCGAGGACACCCAGGAAAUCCGGGUAUUCCAGGUAUCCGGGGGGAAGCAGGGCUGCAAGGACAGCGAGGACUGAGAGGAGAUCCGGGAGAAUCCGGCGCCGACAACACCUUGCCAGGAUCUAAAGGAGACGUUGGCAACGCCGGUUUGCCGGGACAACCCGGGCAGGACGGACGUCCCGGUGAGGUCGGUGUCAACGGGAACCCGGGUCCGGACGGACGACGAGGUGCCAUUGGGGUCAAGGGUACUGCCGGAGCCCGCGGAGAUCCAGGACUCAGAGGAAGUCUAGGUGCUUCGGGUCCACAGGGCCCUAGCGGGGUGAGAGGUCAACCUGGGCCAAGAGGUAUCCCUGGACUUCCUGGACCACAGGGGGGGCCAGGCUCACCUGGAACAGCAGGCUCCACGGGACGCCGCGGUGGUGUCGGUCAGAAGGGCCAACCGGGAGAUCCGGGACCACAGGGUGUUGCAGGAACGCAGGGCCUGCGAGGGAUGCCGGGUCAGGAUGGGAGGGACGGAUAUGGACCCGCAGGACCCAAUGGCAUCAAGGGAGAUUCAGGAUUCCCAGGCUAUCCCGGUUUAGUGGGCGAAAGCGGCUUUCAGGGAACCAAAGGCUACCCGGGCCGCAAAGGAAAUCAAGGUCGAGGGGGGAACUCAGGCCGUCCUGGAUCCGCGGGCGCGUCUGGAGACCCGGGCUACGCGGGGCACCGGGGCCUCCGAGGUCUGCCUGGAGGCAAAGGCAUGACGGAGUGUCAGCUGAUCACCUACAUCCGAGAAAACUGUGCGUGCUCCAUUGACAGGAGCGCUUGUCCAGCCUUCCCCACCGAGCUGGUCUUCGGUCUGGACAUGUCUGAGGACGUGACCCCGGCGGCCUUCGAGAGGCAGCGUGCGGCACUGGUGUCGUUGCUGGAGGACAUGGCCAUCGCCGAGAGCAACUGCCCGACGGGCGCCCGCGUGGCUGUGGUGGCCUACAGCGCCUACACCAAGUACCUGAUCCGUUUCCACGACUACCGGCGCAAGUCGCAGCUGCUGGACGCCGUGAGGAACAUCGCUCUGGAGCGCACGUCCAACCGGCGGCAGCUGGGCGGCGCCAUGCGCUUCGUGGCCCACAACGUCCUCAAACGCGUGCGCUCCGGGGCGAUGAUGAGGAAGGUGGCCGUCUUCUUCUCCAACGGGCCGUCGCAGGAUGCCAGCGACAUCGUGACCGCCGUGAUGGAGUACCGGGCCCUCGACAUCGUGCCGGCCGUCAUCUCCCUGAGGAACGCCCCCGGCAUUAGCCGCGCCAUGGAGCUGGACGACACAGGGAAGUCCAUCUUCGCCGUGCUGGGCAGGGACGCCGCCGCCGACCUCAGGAGGGUGAAGAACUGUGCUGUUUGCUACGACCCCUGCAGGCGGGCCCAGGAGUGCGUCUUUAUCCAGGAGACGCAGCAGCCGCAGGAAGUCGACGCCGACCUGCUCAUGAUCGUGGACAGUUCCCGCGAGAUACAGGCCGACGAGUACGCCGGCGCCCAGCAGCUGCUGGGCUCCGUGGUGGAACAGUUGGCCGUGAGCCCGCAGCCCCGCCAGGCCGGCAACCGAGCCCGUGUGGCUGUCGUCCAGCAGAGCGGAACCCGGGACACCAAGGUGGAGUUCGGACUGCAGGCCUACCAGAGCCAGCAGCUGAUGAAGACACACCUGCUGCGCACCAUGCAACAACAAGGCGGCGCGUCGGCACUCGGGCACGCUCUGGAACUGAGCCUGAGGGAGGUGCUGCUGAAGGGCGGCGCCGCCCGCAGAAAGAAGGUCUUGCUGGCCGUGGUCGGCACCCAGACGGCGUUCGAGGACCGCGACACGCUGCGCUACGUCUCCCACAGGGCCAAGUGUGAGGGCGUGGCGCUGUUUGUCGUCACGGUCGGCGAGCGCUACAACCGCACGCAGGUGGAGGAGCUGGCCAGCACCCCCACCCCGCAGCACCUGCUCCACUUGCCCCGCCUCCAAGCCCUCGAGCAAGACUACGCGCGCCGCUUCUUCAGGGUCUUCAUGUCCGCACUCAACAAAGGCGUGAACACGUACCCGCCACCAUCUUUGAAGCGGACCUGUAAAGAUGGAGGGCAGAUCGGCAUCGGCAGACAACAGAUUGUGGAGGAGUUUGCCGACCAGCCAAAGGAGCAGGAACAGUUCCAGGAGCAGACGGAGCAACUGGAUGCCGUCGCCAUGCCGACCGCCGCAGGCUCCGACGUCAACGUCGCAGCUGGGACGCAGUCGACGGGCCUCAGAGGUAAGACCAGGGCUCACCAAACUUUUUUGCACCAGGGACCAGUUAAAGACGCCUGCUCCCUGGGCCAGGACACGGGCUCUUGCCAGGACUACGCCAUGAUGUGGUUCUACGACGGCACACUGAACCAGUGCCAGCGCUUCUGGUACGGCGGCUGCGGCGGCAACGCCAACCGCUUUAACACGCAGGAAGAGUGCGAGGACCUCUGCGUGAGCGAGACGUCCUGAAGAGGGCGCCGCCGCCAACGUGAACUUUUACACUUGAAAAACCUUUAGUUGAUGUGGCGUGUGUUCGUAGCAAGCGUUUGAGCCUCGCCGCAUGCUCGUCUGACCUCUGAUGUCAUACUUUCCUUGUUCCGCCGUCUUCCUUCUCACUCAUGUCGUAUUAGUGCUAUUAUUAUUAUUGGGUGAAGCAUUCACACAUAUUGUAUUCUCAUUAUCAAUAGUCCGUCCUUUUUGUGCUCCCAGUUUUAAUCCCAUUCAAACCAUUCCACAUUCAAUAAGUUCGCUUUAUUCCUGAUCUUUUUUAUUCUGUCCCAUACUCCUCGUUUUUGGAGAGAUGUUUUCCCAUUCAAAAUGAAGAGACUUUUUUUUUUAAAACUUUUAACAUUUUCCAUAUUUCUCAACAGACAAAGUUUAAAAUGCUCCUUGCUUAUGUUAGUCAAUUAGUAGCAUGCUAACAUUAUAUAUGGUACUUGGCAUGCUAGCUUUUUAGCUAAUGUCAGUUAUACACACCAGUUUUUGGUACUUGACAGAUGCUUACUGUUACAAUGCUAACGUUAGCAUGUUACCUUUAUUUUUUUUAGAUAUUUUUGAAAGAGUCAAACAUUUUGGUACUUGACACAAAGGUUCUUUUUGAUUUGACGCUAACUGUUUACAUUUCAGCAUUCAGACGUUAACGGUUAGCUUUUAAACAUGCUAAAAUUAGCAUGCUAGCUUUUUCUGCCAAUUUUUUUAAAUAGCCACACCUCAGCCAUAUGUCGGUACUUGACACAUGCUUACUGUUAGCGUGUUAGCUUUUCUUAGCUAUUUUUAAAGGUACACCCCCGAGUCGUACAUUUUGGCACUUUGAGACGCGUGCGAACUGUUGCUUUUUAUUACCGGACAUGUCUGCUUCAGGUUUUCAGCAUUCACAUGCAAUUUCUUAGGAAAUUGCAUUUUGUAGUUAUUGAUAUCCCAGCACCACACAUCUUUAAAUAAUUAUGUACUUUCUUAGGAAAUUGCAUUUUGUAGUUAUUGAUAUCCCAGCACCACACAUCUUUAAAUAAUUAUGUACUUUCUUAGGAAAUUGCAUUUUGUAGUUAUUGAUAUCUCAGCACCACACAUCUUUAAACAUUUAUGUACAAAAAAAAAAGUAUUUUCUCAAGAAAUCCAUUUGACUGCCAAACAAUAAAAAGUUGAGUCAAUCUUUUUCUGUGUUAAGUGACGUGAAGGGAAGUGAAUCAUAUUUAUACAGCGCUUUUUCUUUAGCGACUCAAAGCGCUUUAC